CAGCAAGGCAAGUUGGCAGCCGGGCUGUCGGGCUGCAUUGUACCUGCUGCUAGAGAGAGGGAGUGUGAGUGGGGAGCAGCAUGGCAGAACGAGAAGCCAGUGGCUUGCAAGUCCUUCUCUCCACCCUCCAGAGCUCCUGUGACAAGGAAGUCAUCCUGAAUAUUCUCAGUGUCCUCACUGACCUGCUCUCUCUGGGGACCGGCCGGAGGAUCCACUACGUGAUCAGCAAAGGGGGCAGCGAGGCACUGCUGCAGGCUCUCACCACCGCUGCCCGCGCCGAGCCGCCCGACCACAGCACCCUCCUGCCCCUGCUUCGCUUGCUGGCCAGGGUCGGCCAACGAGAUAGGAAGUUUGGGCUGAAAGUGCAGAAGGCAGAAGCAACUGAUAUAAUACUGAGCUUGGCAAGAAGAAACCUGGGCCACCACCUGCACCUCAUCCACUGCCUCUGGGUCCUGCGUGUUUGUGCUUCUAAUGUUACCACAGGAACUACACUUGGCAUCAAUGGAGCCAUGGAGCUGCUUUUCAAAGUCAUCACCCCCUACAGCAAGAGACACGUCAGGACAGUCAGGGCAGCCAUUGAGGCUCUGGCAGCUUUGCUGAAAUCAAAAUCUAACAGCCGACGGGCCGUGAACAGAGGCUACCUGGGUGGAUUGCUGAGACUCUAUCAAGACUGGCAUCGCAAUGACGUCUCCAACAACUACAUCUAUAUUCGUAGGGGUCUUCUGCUCUGCCUAAAGCACAUCACCAACAUCCAGCUGGGCAGAGAAACUUUCCUUUGUUCCCAGGGUAUGGAGAUUCUCUUCACAAGUAUACAGGACUGUUUGUUUUGCAAAAAUCUGGAUCCUAUCAUAAACACUGCAACUCAGAUUCUGAGAAAGUGCUUUCCCAAGGAGCCUCUGCCUGUGGCGACAGUAAGAAGUUCCUAUUCCUUCCCACUUCCUGGGAACGCCAAGGCUGAACCUCCAUGUGAGGGGUAUGAAGGUGGCUACGAGAGUGAUGGAGAGGAAGAGGCUGAAAAUAAUGAGAAUUUGGAGAAUAAGGAGGAGGAUUAUGACUUGGAGACAGACGUGAACAAGUUGAGGUCAAGGGCAGUGCUUGACCGGCCAGAGGAAGAGCUUGGACAAUAUGAAGCAAUGUGUCCAGAACUCUCCCAUAAUUUUCAGGAGCUUGAAUCAGAAUCUGAGGAAGAGAAGAGCUUGGAGGACAGGACUGAGAGUCUUCCCUCUACUCCCUCUCAUUUCAUUCCAAGUGCUACUUCUGUGAAACAUCCAAACUGCAGAUGGAGAAACCAAAGUGUCACAGAGAUGGGACCAGAUCCAAGAGAAAAGGGUUUCGAAGUCCCACAGCAGAGCUGGACAAAGAAGGAAAAAUGCAAAUGGGAUUUGACUGAUGAAAAGAGAGACACUGUAGAAGCAGCCCAAGAUGAAGACUCCUGUAAAGGGGAAGAUCCAGCCAGGAAUCAUGCACUUACUUUGUGUCCCCUCCCAAAAGAGGCUGCUUGGUACCAAAAAAUGUUUUACCCUGAAUGUGAGGCCUCAAUCAGUCCUAGUCCUGGAGGGAGGUUGGAGAGCUCAGACACAGUGACAAAUCUUCUGGAGAAACACCAAGGGAAUAUCCCGUUCCACAGCCCUCGCUUCUACAUAGCUAGGGCCAAAUGUGUGAAGUCCAUACCAGACUACAAAGAUGUGGCAUUUCCUGAUUUCUGGGGUCACCAGCCACCUCCUUACAGCAAGCCCAUGUUGGAGCGCAAGUAUGGGGUUCAAAGGAACAAAGUACUAGAUGAUGUUCGCCGCUUAAUCCAGCCAGGUGAUGUGAUAGGCAGAACUGUUUUUGAUUUAGACGAGCCCAGUCACUCAAGCCCAGGUGCUCCAGGCUGUCUGACAUUCUUCUCCAAGUUUGAAUCGGGAAACCUUCGCAAAGCCAUCCAAGUGCGUGAAUUUGAGUAUGACUUAAUUAUGAAUGCAGACAUCAACAGCAACCACCAUCACCAGUGGUUCUACUUUGAAGUCCGAGAUAUGAAAUUAGCAGUUCCCUAUCGCUUCAACAUUAUCAACUGUGAGAAGCUGAAUAGCCAAUUUAAUUAUGGCAUGCAGCUGGUCAUGUACUCAGUGAAGGAAGCUCUCCAGGGCCGGCCUCGCUGGCUUCGGGCAGGCCAUGAUAUCUGCUACUACAAAAACCACUACUCCUGCAGUACAGCUGCAGGAGGAGGCAUGAGAGGAAAAUGCUACUACACGCUCUCCUUCACCGUCAAGUUCCCUCACAAAGAUGAUGUCUGCUAUCUGGCCUACCAUUACCCCUACACUUACUCCGCAAUGAUGUCUCAUCUUGAUAUCCUGGAACAAAAAAGGAACCCCAAGAAGGUUUACUGGAGGCAGCAGACGCUCUGCCAGACGCUAGGAGGAAAUCCGUGCCCGUUGCUCACGAUCACUGCCAUGCCAGACUCUAAAAAAAGAGACGACUUGGAGCAAUUCUACGAUCGUCCUUAUGUGUUUCUAAUGGCCCGUGUUCACCCUGGUGAAAGCAAUGCCAGUUGGGUAAUGAAGGGGACCCUGGAGUUCCUUGUGAGCAGUGAUCCCAUCGCUGAUCUCCUGCGGAAAUGUUUCAUUUUCAAGAUUGUCCCCAUGCUCAAUCCUGAUGGAGUCAUCAAUGGCAGCCAUCGUUGUUCACUGAGUGGGGAUGAUCUGAACAGGCAGUGGUUGACACCCAGUUCCCAGCUCCAUCCAACUAUUUAUCAUGCCAAAGGUCUUCUCUAUUACCUGCGCAGCAUUGGCCGAGCUCCUCUGGUAUUCUGUGACUACCAUGGACACUCCCAGAGAAAGAACGUGUUUCUUUAUGGCUGCAGCAUCAAGGAGACCUUGUGGCAAGCGGGCUGCAUGGUUGACACAGCAGUUAUCACAGAAGAUGUUGGCUACAGGACUCUUCCUAAAAUCCUGGAUAAGGUGGCCCCUGCGUUUGUCAUGAACAGCUGCAGCUUCCUGGUGGAGAAGUCCCGGGAGUCGACGGCCCGGGUGGUGGUAUGGAAGGAAAUAGGUGUGCUGAGGAGCUACACCAUGGAGAGCACGUACUGCGGCUGCAGCCACGGACUCUACAAAGGCCUGCAGCUGGGAACUCAGGAGCUGGAGGAGAUGGGAAGCAAGUUUUGCCUUGGUUUGCUCAUUCUGCACCUCAAAUCCCUGCCUUGCAGCAAGAAGGUGAUGGCUCAGGCAGCUCUCCUGCUAGACCUGGAGGAGGAGAUCACAGACCGGGCACAAAGAAGCUGCAGCAACAGCAACCCGGAGACUGAUGAUGAACCUCCAUGUGUGGAAGAAAUUGAUUAUAAUACUGACAGUUGCUCUGAUGAUGAAGGGAACUUCUCGGAGCUAGACCAAGAGAUCCAGGAGUGCCUCUCGUGGGUGGAAGGAGAGACGGAAGAUGAGGGAGUGACCACGGGACAGACAUGCAGCUCCAAGGCUCGCAGGGGGCUCUACAUUUCCAGCCAACCAGCAUCCAACAGUACAGCUCUGCCUCUAUGUUCAACACCACUUGGGGUGUACAGUGGAUUUGAGAGCAGCCCUGCAUGAGCAAGGCUUUGACUUGCAGAGCAGUAAGCAAAUGGGUUACUGCUCGUGUUUGCCUGUUUCCCAGCUUCAGCAUCCUUCCCAGAUGUGUUGCUCCAGUUUUGAAUAGAAAGUUGACUGUUUGUUUGUGUAAUUUGUAUACAUAUAUAUAAUGAGAAUGACUCCUUACACUUUGUACGCAAGGCAGAGCAAGGGGCCACUGGCCCGGGUGGUACUAUGUGAGAUCAUCCAUUCCUGAACAUAAUCCCCAGUUUCACAGCUGCCUCUAGUAUGUGGUUUCAUACAGACUGGCUGGAGGAAUGGUCUUCUGAGACCAAAGAACCAGAGAUGAUUCUCCUUUUCCUACUUUAGGCUCUUAUUAUGGGAAGCAACCUUUGCCUGGAAGAGUAACAGUCACUGAUGCCUUUGUCCAGAGCUCUCCAUUGUCAUUCAUUUCUCUUGAGCUUUAAGGCAUGUAUCUGAUUUCUGUCUGAUGAGAAUUUUUACUGUGUGCUCAACAGGUUGGAUCAGGCUGUGCAUGCUUCUGAGCUGGUCUUAUCUCAGCCACAGUGUGGGAAAUCCCAUGUGCCGUAGUAAGGAAAGCACCAGUGACAAUACGGAGUGGUCCCCUGGAAACCUGGGCUAAAUUCACAUCUUUCCUGCACUGAAACAAACCAGUCUGGUGUAAUCUCAGUUGAGUCACUUCGUGCUUGAACUGAUGGGCCCAAGUGUAGAAUUUGUUUCACGGAUGCUGUGAAUUUAUAUUUUCUCUGUGAGACAUACUUCCAGCUAAGAGAAUACAGAUACAACAGUUAAUCCUAAGGAACUAUAGCUACUAUUUCAAGCUAUUGAGAAUGAGAGGAAUUUGGAGCAUUUUAAGGAAUAAAACAUGUUUUCUUGAGGUAGCCAGGGGGGUCCCCCAAUAUUCUGUCAAUAAAGUAGUGAUGCUGGUGAUAAGCAAGAGUGUAUUCAACCCUGUGACUGAUUAUUCUUUGUUAGUUUUAUUAUGAUACCAUUAGGAAACCUAGUUCAUUGACAGUGCCCCAUUGUGCCAGGCAGUAAUAUAGUAGAAGACAUUACUGCUAGGUUAUAUAAGGGACAUGUUCUACCAGUGACUCCCAUAAUAGAGUCAGAACAGUUUCACCUUUGAUGCCCAAAUGGAAAAAAAAUUCAGCUUUCUCCUAAAAUUGCCUGCAAACACAGAUCCCGAUGCCUGAGAACCCAGCAUAGACUGAGAACCCAUGCUUGUGCCUGACAUCCCCAGACCAUGAAGCCCACAUCACUGCAUCUCACACCUCAUAGUGCCUGAAAUUCUCAUAUGUCUUAGACUCUGCUGCUGCAAAUGGGGAAUUGCCUGAACCCAAAUGGAGGUUCCCAACUCUGUCACUACUUUAUGAGGCUCAAGGAGAAGCAUAAACAUAUAGGGUGUUAUAGCAUUACGGUCUAUAAGGCCUCCAUUAGCAGUGAUUAUUACUAUUGAUGUGUGACUAAAAGCACGAUGUCAUCCUUUCGUCUUUAUGCUGUUUGUGGAGAGAAUUCCUGGUGCAGAAUGAGGUUUUCUCUGACACGUUUCCCCAGACUACCCAGACAUAUUUUCUAGCAGGAGCUUGCUCUUUGGAGAAAUAUCUUCUUCCUGUCCUGCUGGGUUUUCAGUAUCCAGGUGUUUUAAAGUCUUCACCACAUGUAAGAGUUCUCUGUGCCUCUAGCUCUCUCUUUAUGACGCUGCUCAAAGGCAGCUUGUGUCCUUAGAAGCUGAGCUUCUUAGACCAAACUAAUUCAUUAGGUAUGGUGUGUGUUCUCUGUACAGACGUCCUGUUCUGCUUGCUUUGGUGUGCAGCUUGUUGCACACAAUACUGAAUUUUCAUAAAAGGUUGGCUCAUAGGAAUGGACACAAAAGAGGUAAAACAGGUGUUCCCAUUAUAAUAGUUUGUAUAACAUUGCUUCAAAGCUUAUUAAUAAAAAAACUAUAUAUGUGCAUAGUUAAUUUCAAAAUCCAACAUUCAUAUGCAUGACAAAAAAUUCACACUGUGCUAGGUCCACACUGCAGCAUAUGCAGGCCAUGCUGUAAGAUCUUCAGCAUUCAGCACAACCCCUGGACACAGGGAAAAAAUAUCACUGAACAUAUAUGUGUCUGUAGAUGUGCAUGUAUACGUCCAGAGCUGCUAUUCUCUCAUGCUGUGUUCUGUACUGAUGCCCUGCCACAACAAUAACUGAACGAUGCUUAUGGAGGCUUGCCUAUGGUUCUCCUUACUGCAAAGUAAAAAAAUAUCUUCUUAAAUCAGCAUUUUUCAUAAUGAGACACCAAUAUUUUGGCUAUAAAUACUAUAGGCCAGUGUCAGCCUUGGAGCUAUUUCAUUCUGAAUUCCUUAAGCUAAGCAGAAUUCAGUUCCGUGGGAAAGCUCUGCCCUAGUUGUGAUUCAUUAAAUCAAUAGACUGCGGAAGAGUUGUCCUAAUAUAAUAAAAGUGGAGGUGUAGCUUCCAUGUGUGUUUGGAGCCCAAUGCAUAUGAGCAGUACCACUGUUCUAGCUCCCUGUGGUAUGAGCUGCAGGAGGUGUAGAGAUGGCAAAGGCCUUUAGGGUCUUUCCAGUGUCUGGGAUCCAAGUGUAGCAGCUGAGCUGGGGGCAAAGUGUCCAUGCACAUCCACCACACCUGCAUAAAUGCUGCCAUGCAAUAUGAAAAGCCUGCCCAAGUCUUCUCCAUGGAGCUUCCCGUGUUUGUGCCAAACAACUUGCCAGCAAGUGGUGACGAUGCUGCAGAGGUCAAUGACCAGGGCAAAGGCCCCAGCCCAAGGGCUGCUGGCAAGGUGGAAACGGGAAGUACAGUGAGAGCGUUGGGUAACCAAGAAAUCAGGAACAGCACCUGGAAACCUCCAGCAGAAGCAGUUUUGUGGGCUGCCUUAUUUGUUCCAGGAACUCCUACGAGGAGCAGAUGCUCUUCUUCUUUUCACAGACCUCUAGAGGUCAGGAGAGGGCCUCCGUUGUGCACCGC